ACCAAAUUAGAUAUCUUUUGUAGUGCUAAAAAUGGGGAAUAGAGGUUCCCCAAUGACUUCUCUUCUUGCCACUCUUGUGGUGGUUUUACUCUCCUUCAUUAGCUUGCCAUCAGAAGCUAGUGAUGAUCACUAUACCUACUCUUCUCCACCACCACCCAAGAAGUACCCCCCACCACCAUCUCCUCCUUACAAGUACAAGUCACCACCACCACCUCCACCACCCAAGAAGUAUCCACCCCCACCAUCUCCUCCUUACAAGUACAAGUCACCACCUCCACCUCCACCACCCAAGAAGUAUCCACCCCCACCAUCUCCUCCUUACAAGUACAAGUCACCACCUCCACCUCCACCACCCAAGAAGUACCCACCACCACCUUACCAUUAUAAGUCACCACCUCCACCACCACCAGUUUACAAGUCUCCUCCUCCACCCAAGCCAUACAAGUAUAAGUCACCUCCACCACCACCACCUCCAGUUUAUAAGUCUCCACCUCCACCACCACCAAAGAAGCCCUACAAAUACAAGUCUCCUCCACCACCACCUCCUCCUGUACACAAGGCACCACCACCCCAUUACAUCUAUUCAUCCCCUCCUCCUCCUCCUUACCAUCACUAGAGAAUGGUUUAUCUUCUUCCAGGAAAAGGAGAGGAAUAUACGCGUAUAAUAAAUUAAGGGAUGCCAUUGAAGAUUAUAUUUGAAGAGGAAAAAUAAAAAGAAAAUAGGGGACAAAUUAGCGACUUUCCUCCUUUUUAUCUAUCAUUUAUGUAUCUUUGUUUUGUUUAAAAGGAAUAUAAUAUAUAAUAAAAAAGACAUGAAUGUUUCAUGUAUAUCGACAAA